GGGGGGGGGAUUUGGUGCUUUAGUGGUUAGAUGGGGUAGCUGUCGCGCGUGUUAUGAUGCUGAGGAAUAGAAUAUUCGUACACGAGUCUUAUUCACUGCGUGAGGUGCUUGGUAGCGUUAUCAGCAUUCUGAGUGAGAGAGAAAAUUCGGGCAUUCUGGGGAACUGGUAAGCCCGUAAGGCUGCCCUGGACAGCGUCAGCAGGGUGUAUACUGGAUGAAGGUUGCAUUCGCCGCAACCCCAGUUCCUCUUAGUACGGUUGAAGCUUCACAGACAGGGGCGGCGGGGUGGUGUACUGAGAUCUAUAGCAAGGCACUGUAGCGGGGUUGAGGGAAUAGCAUCAUGUUUAGGCACUUCACGUUUUCGUAAAUGGGUCAAAGUGCGAAUACGUGAAGAGGAGGUAUGUAGGGGGUUUAUCACGGGGAUCCCAUCGCUAUGCAGUCGAUCAGAGUCCGCAAAAAUUCCAAUUCCGGUUUUGAUUGAUAUAUGCGAACACUAGUCUUGCUUCUGCGCUUACUCGCUUCUAAAGGAACUUCACGUGCACCAGGUGGUGUGAGGAAGGGAUAUAGAAAUGGAACUGGAACUGGAACACUUUUCGACGUCCACAAGAAACAAAACCACGACAAUAACUGCGCCUCUCGAGUCUACCAGUACGUUCUAGUUCAUCGAGCUUGGCCACCCAGCCGCUUCCAAGUCUGCAAAUGUCAAAUUGUACCCACGUUCCUUCCUGGCUGCCACGGUUUCAUACUCGUUCUUCUUUGCCUUGAUCUGCUCGAGGGAAAGACCCGCCUUCCACGCAUCGUGGUAUACCCGAGAUGCGCCAAAAUCAAUGAUCGGGGGAUGCUUCAGCCGGAACUGCUCUGCCCUCCAAUUGCUGAUGAAGUCCUCGUGGGAAAACCCAUACUCGCGACGUAUCUUGAUUUUGCUCCAUGCCAGAUACUCGGCGCCCAACCAGUUGUAGGCCUUGCCCCCGUUCCGGCCUUUCACAGGAAUGUUUUGUCCGCUUGCGAAGGUAUGUCUAUCCAGGCCUUCUGUCCUAAGCUUCCGUUGCGAUGAUGGCAGUCCGUCUCCCUUCGUCGCUGCAAGUUGUCGGG